CACAAAAGGGUUCUCAUAGCUCAACGAGUCUCUCCACCUUUCUCUCGUCUUUCUCUCACAGUCUACUUUACUUUGCAGCACAUCACUUCCUCUAUUUAAUCAGAGGCCCAAAAAACCUCCCAACGUUUUCCACAAAGUCUAGCUUACACACUCCUGGUUUCACUAGCCUUCGAGAAAGAGAGAGAGAGAGAGAGAGUGAGAGAGGAGAAAAAAGGAGAAAAAGAGAGAACGAUAGAGAAGAAGCAGAGAGAGAGAGAGAGAGAGAGAGAGAGAGCAGAGAAGUGAUCAAGUGUGAAGUAUUUGUGCAGGCUUUUCCUUUUCUGUUUCUUGGGUUUGAGAGAGAGGCAUGAAGCAAGGUUUUUAUUUGCAGAGCUCAUCACCAGUGCAGCACAUGAUGUCCGGAAACCCUAAUUACUGGUGGAACAACAUCAAUCCUCCACCACCACGCUCUCCUUUCUGCCAUUCUUCUUCUUCCUCUCCUAACCUCUUUCUUCAAUACCCACCCACUUCUUCUUUCUCUUCCUUGUUUUAUCUCAACCCUUCCUGGGUUGAUAAUAGUAAUAGUGUUAACCAAGACCAGCUUCCAGAGUCAUUGAGCCAACUCCUCAUGGGUGGAUUGGUUGGAGAAGAAGAUAAGAGUAGUGGGAUGAUGAAUUACUUUCAGGAAAAGAGGGUGGAGGAUUGGGAGGAGCAGCAAGUGCUUCAGCAAUCCCCAAAUGAUGCUUCUGUUCUCGACAAUCACCAUCGGCAUCAUCAUCAUGUGAAGCAGGAAGAUUCAGCAAGCAGCUACAGUAUGUACGGGCGUGCAACAAGUGAUCAUCAUGCUCUUGAACGGGCAACAAACAAGUCUGCCUGGACUCAUCAUCAUCACCAUGCCAUGAUCCCUAGUUCACCUCCCAAGUCAUGUGUCACCACUAGUUUCAGCAGCAGCAUGCUGGAUUUCUCAAACAAGAAGCCAGUUAAUAAGAGGCAAACCCCACCAGAUCUAUCCUCUGAGUGUAACAGCAAUGCAACUGGUGGGGCACAAAAGAAAGCUAAGGUCCAGCCUUCUUCAACCGGCCAAUCCAAUACCUUCAAGGUGAGGAAGGAGAAAUUAGGAGACAGAAUCUCAGCCCUGCACCAGCUUGUUUCCCCAUUUGGAAAGACUGACACAGCUUCAGUACUAUUAGAAGCUAUUGGGUACAUCAGAUUCCUUCAGAGUCAAAUUGAGGCGCUCAGUUCACCCUACAUGGGCAGUGCUUCAGGAAAAAUGAGGCACCAUCAAUCUGUUCGAGGGGAGAGGAGCUCAAUGUUCUCUGAGGAUUCGGGUCAGGAAUCCAUCAAUGGAGAGCCAAAGAAUGAUUUGAGGAGUAGAGGACUGUGUCUAGUCCCAGUCUCAUGCACGCUCCAAGUAGGAAGCGACAAUGGAGCAGAUUACUGGGCCUCUGCUUUUGGAGGAGGCGGACUAGGAUGAGACCUUUUUUUAAAACUUGGGGGGUUUUAAGGAAAAUAGUACAGGAAGAGCUUCAUGAUCAUGAUCAUGAUCAAGUGAUAUAACAUCAUGAGCCGUCAAUCUGCUAGGGAAAUCAAUAAAUCAAUAAAUAAAUAAAUAAGAAUUGGAAAGGCUGAUUGCUCAUGAUGCCAUAUAUCAUGGUGAAAAAAGAAGAAGAUGGAGUCAUUUCGUGCUGUGUAUCCCGGGGACAAGGGCAAAUGAAUUAACCUAGCUCAUCCUUUCAAUUUAGUGGUAUUUUCAAAUGCAUUUUUGCUGUAAUUAUUAUGCUUAGUAAAGGUAUUAGCAUUUCAAUUUGCAAGUCA